AGAUAUUAUUUGCCUUUCUAAAGUUGUUGAAAAACUAUUAUUAUCUCUUUUUACCUUCCAGCAAAAUGAUGGUCCAACACUCAGGCCAGGUAUCUGCAUUGGAAGUCAGCGCCUCCGCAAUUGUUCCCACUUUGUCCCCUGCAGGGUCACUGGGGUUUGAUGAUUUCACAAAUUUGACCCCACUGGUGAAAGAGGAACUGAGGUUCGCCAUUCAGAAUAAGCGUCAGUCGCACAGGAUGUCUUCGACAUUGGACACGGUGACAGUUUCUGAAAGGCCAAUUGAAACAUCAAUCAUGAAAACAGAGUUUUCUCCUGAAGAGGAUGAAAGAAAAAAGCGAAGAAGGGAAAGGAAUAAAAUUGCUGCUGCAAAGUGCCGAAACAAAAAGAAGGAAAAAACAGAAUGUUUGCAGAAAGAAUCAGAAAAGCUGGAAACUAUCAAUGCAGAAUUAAAAGCCCAGAUCGAAGAGCUAAAGAAUGAGAAGCAGCAUUUGAUAUAUAUGCUAAAUCUUCACAGGCCCACUUGUAUAGUUCGGGCACAAAACGGAAGGACACCUGAAGAUGAAAGGAAUCUUUUUAUUCAACAGAUCAAAGAAGGCACAUUACAAGGUUAAGUGAUAUGGCAAACGUGGAAAUAUUUACAGUGGUUUUAACAACUACCAGAAUCCAUGGAGGAUGUGACAUAAUGUGUAGGAUUCUAUUAGUCAAGAGUCUUUAGGAAGGGCAGAUUGCUUUCUUGAGCGGAAAGAAUCAUUUUGGCUUGACAGCAAUUCUUCCUCUUGGAAGAUCUGGUCUCAAUCAAAUUGAAGAGUCUUCUGCCUCCAAUAUAGGUUUUGCACCUGUCAUACUUGCUGUUCCUAGGAGCUACAGACAACAGCUUCAGAAGUUUUAGCUCUCUGCUAGUAUACAGUAUCUGCACCCACAACGUUUGUGCUAGAACACUAUGACUUCUGAUGAUGCACAUGGUACAGACAGCUGUGCUGGAUGGACACUACUUCUCCUUGUUGCUGGUAGGGAAAGCAGACUGAGAGUGUUUUUAAAGUUUCGAAGUUUCCAGGAGGAUGGUUUCUGGCAGAAUGUACUGAUACGUAAUGUUGCAUUCUAACCUAACACACACACACAAACACACACAAAAAGCCUUUAGUUCCAACUAAGCUUUGUCAUUUUUUUCACAACACUUCUGUGGGUUUUUUCUAUGACUCAUCUCAGAGACUGAAUUUGAAGAGCCUAGUAGGUGUGACAAAGAAAUGUUUCUUGCAAAAUGUCCAUGUAGCUAAGCUUGUAUUUUAUGAGCUGGAACCCCACCUACUAUCCUUUGGGGACUACAAUUUUUCCUUGAAUUGCUGAAGAGCAGCUUGUACCACCACUUGAUGACUCUGUGAAUUGGAUCCACUGGAAAGAGGAAAUUAACUAUGGAGGGAUAUAGAUACAGGUUCUGCCUGGGUAAAGAACUGCAGGACCGAAUCCCAGGCUCAUGAAUCAUGAAAAGUUUGUU